CGUCAUUUAUAUAUUGCAUAAUUGCCACCGAUUUGGCACCAGCUGUGGGUGGAAAUUUCCUACUUCUUCUUCUUGUUCUUCUCCUUCUUCUUCUUCUUCUUCCUCCUCUGUAAUUAGUUACCAAUUUUGGAUUUCUCCAGUUCACUUGACAGUCAUGGAUCCGACAGAGAGCAACAAAGUACAUUGUGAGAAAUCUGCUGUUAAACAGAAUGGAUAUAAUAAUCAUAAUGAUAAUGAUGAUGUGCCCUUUAACAAUUUCACCGACGACAAAGAUGAAGGAAUUGAAGUGGAAAUGAUCGUUCCUCCAGAUGGAGGCUGGGGUUGGAUAAUAGUGGCAGCAUCUUUCAUGUGCAAUCUUGUUGUGGAUGGAAUUAUCUGCAGUUUUGGAGUUUUCCUUGUCAAAAUUAUGUCAACAUUUGAAGUUUCAAGAGCUAGAGUAGCAUUAGCAUCUUCCUUACAAUCUGGAUUUUACUUAAUGGCUGGUCCAUUCGUUUCUGCCUUAACAAAUAGAUAUGGUUUUAGAACGGUCGCUAUUCUAGGAAGUGUUAUUAGUUGUUUUGCAUUUGUACUUUCAUCCUUUAGUCCGUCCAUUGAAUUUCUCUACAUCACAUAUGGAAUUUUAGGAGGAAUCGGUGCUGGAAUGAUAUAUGUACCGGCAGUAAUAACAUCAGGAUUUUAUUUCGAAAGAUGGCGAGCAUUAGCCACUGGAAUUGCCGUUUGUGGUUCUGGCAUUGGUACUUUUGUUCUCCCGCCAAUUUCCAGUACAAUAAUCAAAAAUUUUGGAUGGGAAAAAUCACUCAUAAUACAAGCCGGCAUGCUGUUAAGUUGUGCUGUAUUUGGAGCAUUAUUUCGUCCCCUAAAACCAAGGAGGAUCAAAGUAAAACCGACAGAGGAAAACGCAAUGAUCGAAGUGAAUACAACGCUAAUGGCAAAAGGUUUAUCGCUUGGUUCAUUACAUGCAGGACAACCAAUUCGAAGUGGUUUCUUUGGAACUAAUAACAAUACAGAAUAUCCAACUGCUGCUCAAUUCAUCGGUAGCAGCCCCGACAUAGUAAACAGAUCAAUGCAUUCUCUACAUAAAGUGAAUGAAUUGCAACGAAUGGAUGGGAAAAAAAGUACAUCGGAAAAACGAUUGUCUGUACCGAUUUAUCCAGAUUUGGAAGUAAUUAAUGACGAGGAAAUAAAAACAGUCGAAGAGGAAAAUAAUUUAUUGAGUGGCGAUUUGGAGAGACUAAACGGCCGCGUACCAACAAUACGUAGGCACACGAUUAGUGGACGUCGCCAAAGUUCUGAUAUUAGCCAGAAAAAUCUCAAGAUGGGUAAUGGUCGAAGUCCACCAGUAAAAGACCAUCAGAGGCCCUUUUACAGAGAUGAUAUUUUUUAUGGAGGGUCCUUGAAUAGACUGCCACAUUAUAAAUCACAAAUAUCUUCAGUUGGUUAUCACAUGUCCGUGACACGUCUUCCAACAGCAAAAGAUUUAGCUGAAGAAGAAAGUGGAAGCUGUUAUUUAUGUACCGAAAGUGUAAGAAGAACCUUAUCGACAAUGUUGGAUUUCAGUUUACUAAAGAGUCCUUCAUUUUUAAUUUUGGCAAUUAGCGGCUCUUUGACAAUGAUGGGUUUCUAUACACCAAUUAUGUAUUUAGAAGAAAGAGCAAAGUCUUUUGGCACAAUCGAUGAGACAACAUGUAUGUUUUUGGUCUCAAUUAUUGGAAUUGGAAAUACAAUUGGUCGUGUUCUUUGUGGUGUAGUCAGUAGUAUUCCAGGUGUUGAUGCUUUAAUGUUAAACAAUAUUUUCAUUAGCAUUAGUGGAUUGCUGACAAUUUUUUCCGGUCUAUCACAUUCUCGAGAGUAUCAAUUUUUUUACUCUGCAGCAUUUGGUCUCAGCAUUUCGGUGUUUGCUUCGUUGAGAUCAAUUUUAGUUGUAGAUUUAGUUGGACUGGAAAAACUUACAAAUGCCUUUGGACUUCUUCUUCUGUUUCAAGGAAUGGCGGCAGCAGUUGGCUCACCUGUUGCAGGUCUUUUCCGAGACUUAACUGGAAGUUAUAAUGCAUCAUUCUAUAUUUCUGGCACGCUAAUUCUUUUAUCAGCCAUUAUUUGUUAUCCAUUGAAAAGGAUAAAUGAAUGGGAAAAACGUACAACCUCAAUUGGUAAAUCAAAAUCUUGAUUAAAAAUCAAUUGAAACAUUCACCAUCAGUAAAUAACACACAAAAAGUCAAAUUCUACUUUUUUUUACACGCACAAGUGCCUUAUUUGUACAGAUAAACAGACAAAAAAGUAGAGAUUUGCACAAAAGAAAUUAAGACUGCAAAAAAAUUUUUUCAGUCAUGAAAACAAAACUAGUUUUCAAAAAAAAAAAAAUAAAAUAAAUAAUAAUAAUAAUAAUAACGUGCCAUUCAAUUAGAAUGGUAAAAGAAACUAAAAGCGGUUUUAAAAUUUAAAACAUAAAUAGUCAGCGUUAAAAUCGUAUUUACGUUCUAGUAAAUUUUAAAGAAAAAAAAACUGAUUUUAUUUUCCAGGCAAAAUAAAAAAAAUAUAUACCAAAUGUUCUAAUCGAGAACUUUUAUAUACAAAUUUUUUGAGAAAGGAGUGUAUUUCUUAUUUUAAAUAAGAAUUAAUGAAUAUUUCUCGCACUCACAAAUGAUUUUUUCCUUUAAAAGCAAAAUUUUAUUAAACUGACAA